UGAUAAAACUCUCUUCUCAUCACAAGAACAAAGAACAAAUGAUAUAUCUCUGCUGUAGCUUCAAACACAAGAAAACCAAAACACUAAGGAUGAGAACGCUUGAAGCUUUUGUUGUGUCUCUGUUUCUUGUCUUCUUAGUCAAAUGGGUCAACUCUGAUUCCAAUUCUGUUCCUGGUAGAGAGCAAUUUCUUAGUUGCAUGUCGACACAUUCUGAUUCAAGCUUCACAAACCCUAGAAGCUUCAUCCACGAGCCGGAUUCAAGUCUUUACACCGAGUUAUCGCAAUCUUUAUCACAAAACUACAGAAUCCUGACCUUGAAUUUCACAAGCCAGAAGCCGAUUCUGAUCGUUACACCAAGAACUGAAUCAGAAAUCCAGAGAUCAUUACUCUGCAGCAGGAAACUUGGGGUACAAGUUAGGACUAAAAGCGGUGGUCAUGACUAUGAAGGCCUUUCUUACCUCUCAUUACACUCUCCUUUCAUCAUCCUAGACCUCGUUAAUCUUCGAUCUAUCGAGAUCAACCUCGCGGAUGAAACAGCUUGGGUUGGAGCUGGUGCUACCAUCGGUGAGCUUUACUAUAAAAUUGCUAAAUCCAGCAAGAUCCAUGGCUUCCCUGCAGGAACAUGUCCUAGUGUUGGAGUUGGAGGUCAUUUUAGUGGAGGAGGGUUUGGUGCAAUGAUGAGGAAACACGGUUUGGCCGCAGAUAACAUUGUGGACGCGCGUUUCGUAGACGCAAACGGGAGAAUCUACAACAGUAGAAGAGAAAUGGGAGAAGAUUUGUUCUGGGCGAUUAGAGGAGGUGGAGCAGCUAGCUUUGGUGUUGUAGUUUCAUGGAAAGUGAAGCUAGUUAGGGUACCAGAGAAGGUAACGUGCUUUACAAGAUACCUACCUUUCACACAGAACAUGACAAACACUGUUCAUAGAUGGCAACAUAUUGCAGCAGAGCUUGAAGAUAAUCUCUUCAUCCGAGUCAUCAUUUACAAUUCUGGAGGAUCUGUUCAAGCUACGUUCCAAGCAAAUUAUCUUGGAGGUAUUGAUAAACUGAUCCCUCUUAUGAAUCAGAAGUUUCCGGAAUUGGGGUUAAGGGUUCAAGAUUGUUCUGAAAUGAGCUGGAUCGAUUCAAUAAUGUACUUUAACUGGAAGAAAGGGCAGCCACUAGAGACACUUCUCGACCGAGAACAAAGAUACAAUGAUCUGUAUUUCAAAGCAAAAUCUGAUUUUGUCAAGAACCCGGUUCCUGAAAUCGGUCUAGAAGGUAUAUGGAAGAGGUUUCACGAGGUCGAAUCACCGAUGAUGAUACUGGAACCAUUAGGUGGUAAAAUGUAUGAGAUUGGUGAAUCAGAGACUCCAUUUCCACAUAGAAGAGGGAAUCUAUAUAAUAUCCAAUACAUGGUGAAAUGGAGAGUGAAGGACAUUGGAGAGAUGGAGAAACAUGUGAGAUGGAUGAGGUUGCUUUAUAGGUAUAUGAGUGUUUAUGUCUCAGGAUCACCAAGAGGGGCUUACUUGAAUUACAGAGAUCUUGAUUUAGGUAUGAACAGAGGAGUUAAUACGAGCUUUGAAGAUGCGAGGUUAUGGGGGCUUAGGUAUUUUGGAAGUAAUUUCAAGAGAUUGGCUUUGGUUAAAGGGAAGAUUGAUCCAACCAAUUUCUUUAGGAAUGAACAAAGUAUUCCUCCUUUGGUUGUCUAAGAGACAACUAAGGUUUAAGUAUCAGACAAAACCAAUGUUUGUUUGUUUGUGUUCUUGUAAUUGGACUUAUAUAUGUC